UCGAGUAUAAAAUGGAAUUCUGAGUAAAUUUAUCACUUGUCGACUUCUAUCUUCGUGACUUGGUUUAAGAAUUCAAGAUGAAAAUCAUUUUGCUGUUAGCGGUUGUGGGCACUGCAUUAGCCAAUGAGGUUGAUGUCUAUACGACUGCUAAUGAUAAUCUGGAUAUGCAGGCGGUGGUAAACGAUCCAGAGAAGCUACAAGCCAUGACUGACUGCUUCAUGGAUAGAGGCCCAUGUGAUCCUGUAGCUCAGAGUUACAAAUUGAUCGUCCCUGACUCCAUCGCUCGCGCUUGCGACCGUUGUAACGACGCCCAGAAGCAUUUGGCAAACACCUAUGUCCGCGGUCUCUACUGGAAUCUACCAGAUGAAUAUAUAAACUUCAUGAAGAAAUACGACCCUCAUGGAAUCUACGAAGAUAACUUCAGGAAGGCUGUUAAGAAUUAUUGAUUAGUGACAAUAAAUUAUUAUUGAUGUG